UUCUUCUUAAAUUAAACAUCUUCAUGAGUCAUUUAAUUGUUAGAGACCGAAACUUUCAACCGGCGCAGUUUUACAAUAAACGAAACGGCGUUACUAUAAAAUGGAAGGAAUUUAACGCAAAUGGUGAAAAUUCCACAUUUACGCGUUCGACGCUUCCGUCGCGUAUUCAAAAGACAGCCAUUACCCAAAGGAACCAUCCUUCACCUCGUACUAGUGCUAUUAAAAGAAAAAAUGUGGAUCAGUUUAACAAAGAGGUAGUCCUUUUAAACGGCCGUUGGGAUACCUCGAAUGAAAUUCCGCACAUUGUCGCUGAAAUGCAUAAUGUAAAUAUGGAAGAGUUAGAGGUGAUUCAAAACACUUGGGCUAAAAAGUUUGCGAAAUCACCUGAAAAUAUUGAUAUGACGUCGUGCAUAGCGGCCAGUCCCAGAGGGUCGGAUAGCGGCAUCGAAGGAGACUGUUCCGAUGGGAAUUUAUCUUGGCUCUUGAACUACAGAAUUCACGAAUUACCACCGGUACCAGAUUGUACAACAACGGAACAGUAUACUUUGUCAAGUGGAUUGGAAAAUGGCAAAGAUGGCCAAGUGUACAUUUCUGAAACAAUGUCCAAGCAGUACUUCGACCAACAAAAUAUUCAGUUAUCUAGGAUCAUAUCAGAAAAAUUAUCCAAAGAAGAAACUACGAAUAAGGUUCACGGGAACUGCGACAGCCAUACAGGACCGAAAAAACCUCCCUUCACCUACACAGAAUUAAUAGAACACGCGUUAAAUGAAAAAGGAGAGCUUACUGUAUCUGGAAUUUAUCAGUGGAUUUCAGACCAUUUUCCUUUCUACAAGCAAAACGAUGACAGGUGGAAGAAUUCCGUUAGACAUAAUUUAUCUAUCAAUCCUCACUUUAGAAAAGGCAGUAAGGCGGUCCACGGAGCGGGACAUCUGUGGACUAUAGCUCAGCGCGAAGAUAGAAAAACGUGGAAUAUCAAAAAGCAACGAAUGCAACAGUUUAUACAGACCUCCUUGAACGAUUAUAACAAAAAUCAGCAAAGAGAUUUGGAACUAGAAACGGCCACAGCUAGUAUUCUUCCAGAGAAUGUCGAUGAUUGCCACAGAUCUUUGUCAACGGAGCAUACGGAGCAAAAUAUUGAAAUUGAAUAUGUGAAUGUCAUCGAUGUCACAAGUGGACUUGAAGUCUCAUUGGAUUUCCUCUGUCCUCCUGUGUCGAAAGAACAAAUGGUUGAAGAGUGCGGACUUAGUGGAAACUAUUUAAUAACAGAUUUAAAUCCAAAUACACUGGGCAUAAAUUUAACUGACGCCGAAAUCAUUACCAAUGGAAAUCUGUACGAUGACUUAAACUUUCAGUGCUACGAAUUACAGAAUGAUCACUAAAUAAAUUUUAGCCAAAUGUUUUUACAAAUCGUAUGUUUUCAUCUGGGAAGUGUAAUUUUUAACUCACACAUAUUAUCUCUAUUGUAUGCUUUGUACUACCAAGUCCCAGAGAAGAAAAAUGGUCUAGUCAGUUUAUCUAAUGAAGCGUGGCAUUCGAUUAGAGAAAAUGUAUUAAACGUAAGAUAUGUUAAUGUAGACCCUUCAAAAGUGUACUUAGUAGACCUAGACAUAAGGAGGUAGGUACCUAAGUCAACUGUCAAAUGGUAGGUAAGUCAAGUCCGUCCAUUGUAUAAAUUUACAGCUCAUUUGGAAAUGACACAAUGAAAUCGUAUUGUAUUGUGGUAUAUGAUCUUUAAUAGUAAAAAUUGUUGUCGAAAAUAGAUUUAAAGUAUUUUUGUACAUUACGGUAUUUA